UAAAUUCCCCCUUGUAUAAUCUCACACCAUGCAUCACCCUCAUCUUCUCUUUCACUCAUUUUCACUCUAAAAACAAAAAACCACACCCUCCUCAUCCAAUCCAACUAUGAAAAUCUAUCAAACUUCUCAACACUAUCAUACAUAAAUUUUUUUUUUUAAUCUCAGUGAAUCGUGACAACAAAAUCACUCUGUUAACUACAAUUCCAAUCAAAAAACAAAUGCAUAACAUUAACAAUAAAAUAUAAUACAUAUAUAUAUUUUUACAAUCUCAGUGGAUCGUGACAACAAGAUUAUUCAAUGGAUCCUUGUCCUUUUGUGCGUCUUACAAUUGAAUCUCUAUCUUUAAACAUUCCCUCACCAACAAAAUCAUCACAACUUUCAGGUAUUCAUCCUUCAACAACACCAUGCUUUUGCAACAUUCGCAUACCAAAUUUCCCUUCUCAAACCGCACUUCUCCCGCUGUCUUCAUCAUCUUCAUCUUCACCCGAAACAACCACCUCCGCCGAAGGCUUCCACCUCGACGCGGCCGCACACCGACGUCUCUCGAGCAAACCGAUUCCUCUUCGUGUCUCGGUUUUCACUGGAAGCAUGGCAACAACAUGUGGAAUCACAAAUUCAAAAUUAUUGGGUCGUGUUGUAAUUAACAUUGAUCUUAGUAAUUGUCUUUCUCGUUCUACUAUGUUUCAUAGUGGAUGGCUUGUGUUAGGAAAAAAGAAAAAGAAACAAAAUGAGAAAGGGUUUGAACCGGAGUUGAAGGGUUCGACUCGGAUUCAUUUGGUGGUUCGGUCUGAACCGGAUCCGCGGUUCGUUUUUCAAUUUGGUGGUGAACCGGAGUGUAGUCCUGUGGUUUUUCAAAUUCGGGAGAAUAAUAUUAGACAACCGGUUUUUAGUUGCAAGUUCAGUGCGGACCGGAACUCUAGAUCAAGGUCUAAUGCUUCAGAUUUUGCAAACACUCCAAGUAGAUGGAGAAGAACAUUGAAAGGCGUAAGAGAUCGUCAUGGAAAGGAAAGAAAAGGUUGGAUGAUAAUUGUCCAUGAUCUCUCCGGCUCACCGGUUGCAGCUGCAUCGAUGGUAACCCCAUUUGUCCCCUCCCCGAGUUCGGACAGAGUAUCGAGAUCAAAUCCAGGUGCAUGGCUCAUUCUCCGUCCGAAUAGCGCCUUUUCAUCGAUGAGUAGCUGGAAACCGUGGGGACGGUUAGAAGCAUGGAGAGAAAGAGGUCAUGAAGAUGGCUUGGGAUAUAAGUUUGAACUUGUGACUGAAAAUAAUGGAAUACCUAUUGCUGAAUCCACAAUGAAUAUGAAAAAAGGUGGUUCAUUUUGCAUUGAUUAAAAAAUUAUGAAAGAGUGUUAUGGAUUGUUGUGUUCAAGGUUACCAAGUAAAGGGUUUGUGAUGAGUUCAAGUGUUGAAGGUGAAGGAAAAAUUAGUAAACCUUUUGUGCAAGUUGGAGCACAGCAUGUUACAUGUAUGGCUGAUGCUGCUUUGUUCAUUGCAUUAUCAGCUGCUAUUGAUCUUAGUAUGGAUGCUUGUCAACUUUUCUCUCAUAAACUUAGGAAAGAACUUUGUCAUGAUCAAGAACAUGUUUGUUUUUCAAAAUAAUAUGGAUAAAAUGUCAUUUUAGUUUCUGAAAGUGUAGACCAUUGACACUUUUAUCACUGAUUCAGUUAAAAAUUUAAAUUAGUUAUUGAAUCAUCAAAAUAGUUUUUGAAAGAUACAAUUUACUAUCAUAAAAGUCCAUGAAAGAUACGACUUAUUGUCAACUUACUAUGAUUUGAUGAUUAAUUUGGAUUUUUGGUUGAGUCAAGGACUAAAAUGACAAUGCUCUGCACUUUUAGGGACUAAAAUUAUGAUUUACCUAUAAUCAUAUACUUGAAGAGAAUGAAAUUAUCAGUAUUGUCAAUUACUGAUAGCGGAAAGUAAUAGAUUUUUUAAAUUAUGCUAAGUUACAGUAAUAUAGGAUUGCUAUAGCUGAUAUCAAGCAACAUUUUUAUAUUAA